CACUUCUGGGAUUAACGGCCACAUGACAACGCAGGGCUGGGCUCCCACUGAGCCUUUCACUUGGCUUCACUUGCAGAUGCGGUCUCUCCGUUGCUGUCUAGCAGGGUCCUGAAAGCCAGAGCUCUCCAAACUCAAUCUGCACAGACGCAGAUAUGAGGUGGAGGUCAGGAAGACUGGAAGUUCAUCUGCGAUGGAGCCAGACAUCAUGAGUUUGAGUGGAGAGGACUGCUUCGAGGGGAAGUCCCCCUGUUGUUCAGAUUCCGAAGCGUUGAGUCAAGGAGACAAAGAAUAUGAUGAUAUCCUGGAGCUUAAUCAGUUUGAUGGACUCCCCUACUCGUCAAGGUUUUACAAACUGUUGAAAGAAAGGAAAGAGCUGCCAGUGUGGAGAGCAAAGGGGGAAUUUAUGGAUUCUUUGACCAAAGGACAGUUUGUGGUUCUCAGUGGCUUUGCCAAAACUGGAAGAAGCUCUCAAAUUCCUCAGUGGUGUGCUGAAUUCUGCCUCUCGGUCCAGUUCCGGCACGGCAUGGUGGUGUGCACCCAGAUUCAUCCACAGCAAGCAGUGGAUCUCGCUCUGAGAGUGGCCGAUGAGAUGGACAUCAACAUCGGCCAUGAAGUCGGGUACACCAUCCCGCUGGAAACCUGCUGCACCAGCGAAACUUUCCUCAGGUACUGCACAGAUGAUAUGCUGCUGAGGGAAAUGAUGUCUGACCCCUUGCUGGAGCGCUAUGGCGUGGUGAUCGUAGACCAGGCCCACCAGAGGACGGUGGCCACCGAUGUGGUUCUGGGUCUUCUGAAGGAGGUCGCCCUGCAGAGGCCGGAGCUCCGUGUGGUCGUUCUAUCAGCUACCCAACCAAGCCCCAAGCAGCUGACCCUCUUCACUGGGUCUGCGCUGCCAGGCAUCCAUCUGGAGGCCCCAGAGGUCGAGGAGGUGGCGUACAGCAGCACCAGUGACAAUUACUUCUGGUCUGCUCUCUGUCUCGUCAUGGAGAUCCAUCGCUCCCAGGAGCAGGGGGAUGUCGUUGUGUUUCUGGUAACUGAGCAGGAAAUAGGUCUGGCCCAUGACAUCCUGUGUCACAAAAAACGUGGCUUACCACCUGAUCUGGGUGAGCUUCUGCCGAUAGCUGUGCAUCCUGGUCAAUCUGGGAGUCUACCAGUCCGCGGGGAGGAGGAGACGGGCCAGACAAGAAGGGUAUUCCUCACUCGCAGCCCAAAUGAGGACUUCUUCUGGGCCGUCACCUCGAUUAACUUUGUUAUUGAUGCUGGGCUGGAAAAAAGAUUCGUUUACAACCCCAGGAUCAGAACAAACUCUGUCAUCAUUCAGCCAAUCAGCUCAGGUCAAAGCGAGUGCCGCAAACAGCUGGCUGGUCCAACAGGAAAGUGUUUUCGCCUUUAUCCUAAAGAGAGACAGCUUCCUGCAGAGAUCCGUCCCCGUAUAGUGGAGUCUGACAUCACCUCCACCGUGCUCUUCCUAAAGAGGAUGGAGAUUGCGGGGCUGGGUCACUGUGACUUUAUCGACAGGCCAGACCCUGGAGGUCUGAUGCAGGCCUUGGAGGAGCUGGACUACCUAGCAGCUCUGGAUAACGACGGGAACCUGUCUGAGAUGGGCAUCAUCAUGUCUGAGUUCCCGCUGGAGCCUCAGAUGGCCAAGACUGUGCUGGCUUCCUGUGAGUUUGACUGCGUCAGCGAAGUGGUCAUCAUCGCUGCCAUGCUAGCAGCGCCAUCUUGCUUUGUGGUUCCCCCCGUGGAGCUGAAGCCAAAGGCGGCCCAGUGCCACAUGAAGUUCCAACACCCAGAGGGAGACCACUUCACCCUCAUCAACAUCUUCAAGGCUUUCAAACAGAGUCAACGGGAUGCUUACUGUAACGAGGAGAAGUGGUGUCAGGACUUCUAUUUCAACCACGCUGCCCUCCUGACGGCCGAUGCUCUUCGAACUGAGCUCACAGACACUCUGAAGAGAAUCGAGCUGCCCAUCUCAGCGCCUGCCUUUGGCUCCCGAGGCAACACGGUCAACAUCAAGAGAGCCCUGCUUGCAGGCUUCUUCAUGCAGGUGGCUCGGGAUGUAGAUGGAUCAGGGAACUAUUUUAUUCUGACUCAUAAGCAUGUGGCACAGAUCUACCCUCUCUCUGGAUAUGGAGCCAAGAGCCCCAAGCUGGGCCUGCCGGAGUGGGUCCUCUUCCACGAGCACACGUUCUCGGAGGACAACUGCCUCCGCACCGUUACCCACAUAACGCCAGAGGAGAUCGUUCAAAUGACACCACAGUACUUUUUCUACAACUUGCCGUCUAGCGAGAGCAAAGACAUCCUGCAGAACGUUCUGAACCACGGAGCGUCUCAGAGCAGCGAGAGCAAACGGCCAUCGCGCGAGGAGCCCCAGGAAGACCAGACGCCCGAUCGCUGCGUCGUACAGUGACUGACCGAGCCGCUGCCGUCAGCCAUGUUUAAUCACACUGCAGGCCUGGCUGCUCUUCAUUUACAGCGUUUACGUCACCAGGACAGUUGAGCUGUGGUCACAAUCAAUAUCCUCCUUUUUUUUUCUUCAUUUCUAGCGUUCACAUUCCUCUGUCUGUGACCCUUGUGUUUUUUUUUUUUUUAAUCAGUGUUCUGAUUUUAUUUUAAAUAGUAAUAUACUGUGCACUAAUAUAAAAAUAAAAAUAUUUAACAUACA